AUGUCAAGCAGCGUGGACGAGCUUCUCCGCAAGCUCGGCCGCGUGCGCGACCCCGCACUCGACGCCCUACCAUCUGUCCCCGACCCAUUCUCAGGUACCAGCUUUGACCUUGGCGCUACUUUCCCAACGGCAACCUCCCACCGUGACCCCGAUCUUGGCCCCACGGAGGAGUCUUCUGCAUCCACUCGCCGUCGCUUCCUUGACAGCUCAAGCUCUGUCGAUGGCCACGGUUUCUUGAACCACCACGUCGGCGAAAUCUGGUCGCCCAGUCGGGCGUUCACUCCGACAAUCCCAGCAAUCCCCUUCUCUCCUUCUCCCGCCCGCCACCGCCUGGCCACUGCGAACCCUUCCCCCCAACUCAACUUUGGACACAAUGCCGUCCCAGGUCCAUCAUCCAUCCCCAUCUCCCCUCCCCGUGGUGGGCCAUUCCCGUUCUCGUUAUCGCCCGAGCCGCGCCGCCACCCUCACCACCCAGAUGCAGAGGUGGAGAGCCUACCCACCCCACCCCGCAGCCACUCCAAGAACAAUGCCAAGAUCGCCUCCAUCGCGGGCCCAGCACACACAGUGACAACUUCCUGUGUCAUUCCUCUUGCCAGUGGUCACGGCCAGACGACCAGUGGACAAGCGGACCAUGUUGCGGCGGUCGCCGCCGGGCCCAGCUCGGCGCGCCACACCAAUGCCGCUCCCUCCGCCGGUCCCAGUCGCAUCGUCGACCUGAGCGACGACGACGAUGACGAGUUUGGCGACGACGAUGUGUGGAUGGAGAGUGCGCUCGCUGAGGUGAAGAGGGUCGAAGCCGCCCUUCCCCCUCGAGGAGCCACUGCGUCGCCAUACUUCACUCAGGACCAGGCUACCAGUCGUCCUGUCCCAGGCCUCCAGCUGCCUCCUUCACGCAAGAGCUCGACCUCGCCCGCAAUCAGCUUCCCCAAGUUGGCUGGAUCGCGGCCCAACUCGUCACUCGGUGGACCGCGCCCCAGCCCCGGACCCAGUGUGGCUAAACCCCAGCCCGCCAAGCCUGCCAACCCAGUUGGUAGAAGCAAGAAGGGUGGUCAACUUGUCUCGACGCAGGCUCUUGAAACCGCAGCGGAACGUCAGAUCUUCUCGUUUGAUCACUUCAACGAGAUGCAGAGCGCCAUCUUCCAGUCGGCCUACGACUCUGAGGAGAACCUCGUCGUCUCGGCGCCUACGGGCUCGGGCAAGACGGUCGUCUUCGAGUUGACCUUUCUCCAGAUGCUCAAAGACCCGUCCACCACCUUGCGCCCUCUGGCAAUCUACAUGGCUCCCACAAAGGCCCUCUGCUACGAGCGUGCGCAGGACUGGCGCAACCGGCUGUCUCCGCUCGAGGUCCAGGUCGCCGAGCUCACUGGUGAUUCAAAGAUCAACGAGAUGUACAGUGUCAUUGGAAGCGUGGACUUGAUUGUAACGACACCUGAAAAGUGGGAUUCGAUCACACGGCGCAGCUUCAAGAACAACCCCGUCAACCGUCUCCGGCUCAUGAUGAUUGACGAGGUGCACCUCCUCCACGAGGACCGCGGACCCACCCUGGAGGUCGUGGUUGCUCGUAUGAAGAAGGCCACCAGCAACGAGGUCCGCAUAGUGGCCGUCUCCGCCUCGGUGCCCAACAUUGACGAUGUGGCGCGGUGGAUCGGUCCCAAGGAUCCUAACCUUUCCAACCCUACUCCAGACUCUAUUGACAACAUGCCAAAGGCGGCUGUGUUCCAGUUUGGCGACGACUACCGACCCGUUCCCCUCAAACGCUUCACUUACGGCUAUGACGCCUACAACGACUUUGCCCUGGCGACCAAGCUUGACAAGGAACUGUUCCCCAUACUCGUGCGCCACAGCGAUGGUCUUCCCAUUGUUGUUUUCUGCCCGACCCGCAAGGCGUGCAUGUCAACAGCCGAGGCCAUAAACAAGGCCUACGAGGCGGCCUUGGACGGUCGUCGCCGUCUUCCGUGGGAUUCUUAUAAGAACCAGCGCCUCGUCCUCAAGGACCCCAAGGUCCAGGCCCUCACGCGAAACGGCAUCGCUGUCCAUCACGCCGGCUUGGAUAUUCUCGACCGCCGCGCCAUCGAGCAGGCGUUCAAGGACUCGGCCUUGCACAUGCUCGUUGCCACAUCGACACUCGCCGUGGGCGUCAACCUCCCUGCUCACCUGGUUGUCAUCCAGGGAACGUCAAUGUGGAACGGCCAAGCGUUCCGUGACUAUGCCGACAUUGACAUCCAGCAGAUGAUGGGUCGCGCGGGACGCCCCCAGUUUGAUACGUCUGGUACAGUCGUCGUCAUGUGCAACACCAACAAGCUUGCCAAGUUCCGAGAAAUGCUCAACUGUCGAACGGUUCUGGAGAGCCAGCUCCACGAAAACCUGACUGAGCAUAUCAACAGCGAGAUUGGGCUGGGCACCAUUCGGUCUCUGAAGACGGCGCAGGACUGGCUACGAGGCUCAUUCCUUGCCGUCCGUAUUCAACAAAACCCCAAGCACUAUACAAAAGCUCUUGUCAAAGACCAGUCCAAGACUUGGUGGGAGGCCUUGGACGACUACGUUGAGAACGCUCUCGAGGACUUGGAGAGUCACGAGUUUGUGGCGCUGAACACUGCAGACGACCAUGACGGCGAUGAAGUGAUCUCCACCAACCUCGGCAUGAUCAUGAGCCAGAACUUCAUCUGCUAUCACACUAUGUGCUACAUUGUCACAAUGGACAAGGAUGCCAGUCUGCGGGAUCUGAUGGAAAUUCUUGCCGGCGCCGAUGAGUUCUCCAACUUACGCAUUCGUCAAGGCGAAGGAGCAGUCUUGAACAAGCUCCGCGUCAGCCCCGAAGUGCGGUUCCACCUGGAUGAAGCUGUCAAGACCUAUGCCGACAAAGUGUUCCUGCAUCUUCAGGUCUGCUUUGGCAACAUUAGCAUGGACAAGUUUGCCACCAAGACUGAGAACGCGUCGCCUUUGCAAACCCAGGUGGUCAUCUUCAACUGCGCACCUCGCAUAGCUAAGGCCAUGUUUCUCGUGGCGGUCGAGAAGAAGUUUGGUGGUGCCGCCCGGUCCGCCUUUGAACUGGUGCGCACAGUAAACGGCAAGGCGUGGGAGGACUCGGCCUCCAUCUUUCGUCAGAUCGACAAAAUUGGUCCCAAGUCAAUCACAGUGCUGGGUUCCAAUGGCGUUCACUCGUGGGACGACCUCAUCAAAAUGGAUCCCGGACGCCUCGAGAUGUGGCUCAACCGCCAUGCACCUUUUGGCCAGGAGGUUAUCGAGCGUGCCAAGGAGUUUCCGCGGUUUACCCUCCAUAUCGAGCAAGAAGGCGUCGUCGCGUCUCCUAACGAGUACCCCAUUCUCCAGAUGCGUGUCAAGCUCGAGCAUAAGGGAAUCCUGGUCCGUAAGGCGGACAAGGGUGUACGACGUGCCAAGUCUAUCGAGCGUGACAAGUCGUACAACCUUGUGGUGCUGUUUAUUAGCUCCAAGGACAACCGUUUCCUCGAUAUCAGGAAAAUCGACACUCGCAAGCUCAACGACCGCGCCAAGGAGUUUGUUGUCGAGGCCAAGAUUCGACACAGAGACGAGACUGUCAUUGCAAUUGCAGGAGUUGAAGACAACGCCGGCUUGGCCACCACCGUCGAGUACCGCCCUCGCAUCUCUAUCACCAAGUUUCCCGAUCCGCAACUCGUGCAAGGCGAUGAUACCAGCGAAGGGCCCGCAGUCACUGCAGUCACUACUCCCACCCCUGCUCCAACGAGCAAUCGCCCCCAGCAGCAAACGUCGGACGAACGCGCUUCUCUUAACGCUCCUGAGCCACCUCGAUUCGCCUCUCGCCUGAGUGUAUCACGAAACGAAGCACAGUCCAGCAAGGCGUCUGCUCGCCCCGCCAAGGAACCCACGCCUGAGAUCUUCGAGAUCAGCGACGAGGAGGAGCUCAUUGACCUCACUGUUCCUAAGAAGAAGCGCCGUACCCCAAAGCAGGUCACAGAGCUGGUUCCAAGCAAGCGACUCAAGAUUUCGUCCAUCAUCGACGACCUGGCCCUUGAAUCUGCCGAGGUUCCACCCAAGCCUCCCCAGCCUUCAAACGUGUCUGAAAAGGUCGCUCAAAAGGUGCCCGCCAAGAUUCCGCAGCAGCCCGUCCCCAAGCUCCCCGAGACUGUCCCAGCGUCCCCGCUUGUGCGCCCUCUUGACACCAUGAUCGACAUCACAAUGGACGACGAGGACGACGACAAGGCGAGUGUCGACAGCUUUGCCGAGUUUGACCAGUUCUUUGCAAGCCCUUCCUCAGAGCCCCCCAAGCGUCCUGUCUCGCCAGCACUUCCACCAAGCAACUCGAUGGCCAUUGACGCCACGCUCGCACCGAGGCUCCUCAUCUCCAAGAUGCCGCCGACCCCCACAUCUGCCACUCCGCGUUCGCUUCUGUUCAGCCGCGAGCAGAGGGUGCCAACGCCACUGGCUCGUUCCAUCUCUGAAGUGUCCCCCGCACCCGAGUCGUUGGAGGACUGGACGGUGCCAGCGCCAGUCGCCGCCGUACCUGACGAGCCGCCCCGCGAACCAACCCCGCCGUCGGGCGCUGCAGACGACUUUGACGCCUGGAUGCGAGAGCUGCUCGGCGAGUGA